UUCAUCUAAGCUUUAAUGCCGCGACAUUCGCCCUGCAUUAGCCUUCACAUCAGUACCAUGGAAGUCUCACUUGCAAACGCAGCUCUGGUAGCAGUACCGGAGUCAGUUCUGGCAUUCUGCCUUCUCCCUAAUUUCAUCGCAGAUGGCACACUGGCAUCCUUCUUUCUGGCGUGCCUUGCACUCAACUUUGGCCUUUAUGGCAUCUACAAGCUCUUCCUCUAUCCGUUCUUUUUGAGCCCGCUUCGACAUCUACCGACAGCUAAAGGGUUCAAACCACUUGUCGGAUAUGGCAUCAUCAUGUUCCAGCACCCUCCAGGGAAACUGCAUCUCAACAUCAUGAAAGCAACACCGAACGAAGGCAUCAUUCGGACGUUCGGCUUCUUUCACACGGGCAGAGUCAUUGUCACAAAUUCUGCAACCCUUGCAGACGUCCUACGUGCUUUCUUGCGAAAGUUCCUAGGCGAUGGCUUGUUGAUGACGGAAGUUGAUGAGCACAAGCGUCAUCGCAAACAGAUUAUGCCAGCCUUUCACUUCCGCCACAUCGAGGAAAUGUAUUCAGUGUUUUGGGCGAAGUCGAUCGAGUUCUGCAACGCAGUCAAAUCUUCCUUGGCAGACAAUGCAUCGAAGAUACUCGAGAUCGGUCACUACUUGACGCAAGUUACGCUGGAUAUCAUUGGCCUUGCAGGCUUGGGUCGUAACGUUGCGUCGUUGCGUAGCAACGAAAAUGAGCUUUUCAAGAACUAUGAAGAGAUUAUGACCCCCACAUUGAGAAAGUCACUUGCCAUUCCCAUCAUGGCUGGUAACCUGAAGAGGAUUUGCACAGACUUCGUGGUGGAUCGAAAGUCGAAAAUGAAGCAAGAGAGUGAAGAGAGCCGAGACAUCCUUUCGAUCAUGAUAAGAAGCAACAACUUCUCAGACGGAGAACUGGCAUCUCAUCUGCUUUCAAAGAAUCCAGCCAUCCAAGAUCGAUCACAAACCGAGAUCCAGCAGCGAAUUCCAGAUCCGCAAAUUCUUUCUGACCCUACCUGCGAUGUCGCUGGCCUGCUCGACAGCGUGCCUUACCUCAACGGAGUCUGCAACAAACUGUGGGUUGACGAUGCCGAAGAGCUCGUCCCUACGUGCUGGAUAGAUAAGACGACUGGCUGGGCCACCAUGAGCGGUGGAGCAGACAGUGAUUGCUCUAUUCUGAAAUUCCUGCACGGCCCAUGA